AUGGGCUUUCUCAUUUGUGCGACGCUCGCUAGGAACCUGAGUUAUAACGACCUUGACUUAGCUUAUUUCAAUCCGUUACUAACCUUAUUGAUACUAUGUCGAAGGGAAAUAGAAAGUUGUUCGAAUGGCCCAAAUGUGGACAACUACCAAAGCCCGCGGGAGCAAACAUCUGGUGAUAGCGAGAACAGAGACAACGACGAGAAUGAAGGGGCGGAACUAGAAAACGAGGAUUCCGAUGAUGACACGAUGUUCGGAAACAACAUCGAUGCAAUGGAGAAACUCAGCGCAUUAGCAAUAAACACUUUCACGAAUGCGACUGCACGCAGACGUUGUUACGAUUCGGCCCUAAGUGGUGCGGAAUUCACGAAAGAACUGAUUAACGGUCACCCGGCUAGAAUAAAGAAUCUGCUACGGGUGUCAAAGAGUACGUUUCUUGACCUAUGCGACACUCUAUCUGCGCGGGCUCUCAUGAAGACAAGAGCACAAACACGAGUUGGUGUACACGAGGCGGUCGCUAUCUUCCUCCAUACUGUCGCCCACUCUAACCGGCACCGCAGCAGUGCAGAACAGUUUCAGCACUCCACGCAUACUAUAUUCCGUCACGUUAAGCGUGUCAGCGAGUCAUUGUGCCUUCUUGGGGCGGAGGUUGUAUGUCCCAAAGAUCAACAUAGAACGCAUCCCCGCAUUGCGACGAAUAGACAUUUCAUGCCAUACUUCAAGGAUUGUGUUGGCGCACUCGACGAGACACUCAUACACGCCGCCGUCCCAGCGGAGGAUGCACCAUGUUUUCGGAGCCGCAUGGGCGAUACCGAGCAGUCCGUCCUUGGCGUGGCUUUCCCUCCUCCGAAUACUGCUUUUAUUUCAUCCAUCAAUGGUGUAGGAAAAUACUACCUCGGGGACUCAGCUUAUACGAACUCUGCGUUGACGUUGACGCAUUUCCGGUCCCAUCGUUACUAUUCACAAACUUUCCGCGACACCCUGGGUGGCCCGAAUGGACCGAAAGAGCUAUUUAACUAUUGUCACUCUCAACUUCGGAAUGUAGUGGAGCGCGCCUUUGGAGUACUAAAGAGAAGAUUUGCAAUUUUGAGAGGUUUGAUGCGGCCAUACAAAUUCUUCCGACAGGUUAAUCUCGUACAUGCCUGCGUAACCGUCCAUAACUUCACGAUUUCAAAUGGGGAGAAUAUUGAGAGCCACGACGGAGAAGGAAGCGAUCCUACAGCAGAUCAGGAAGGGUCCUCUGUCAACGAUCCAGACAUAACCGACACCUUCCUUGCAUUGUUGUUUGGUUUUUGA